AUGGCUGAAUACGAAGCUUACGCUAUAGGACUUGAGGCCGCCUUAUCAAUAGGACUCAAGAGAACAGAUGUCUUUGGGGACUCUUCCUUGGUCAUAUGCCAAAUGCAAGGGAAGUGGAAAACUAAGGAUGAAAAAUUGAUUCCAUAUCAAGAACAUGUGGAGGUGUUAUCAAAAGAGUUCAAAGAGAUCACUUUCUCCUACUUGCCAAGAGAUAACAAUCAAUUCGCCGAUGCACUAGCAACUUUGGAAUCCAUGGUUGAAAUGGAAUCUGGAACAAAGGAGUUGCACACACUGAGUUCUCCUUGGCCAUUUGCCACUUGGGGCAUUGAUGUCAUUGGCCAAGUGAUCCCUACAUCCUCUAAUGGUCACGAGUACAUUCUGGUAGCCAUCAACUACUUUACCAAGUGGGUGGAAGUACAGUCUUAUGCUAAGCUAAUAGUAGCCAAGGUGGCUAAAUUCAUAAGCAACAACAUCAUGUGCCGAUAUGGAGUCCCCCAUGAGCUCAUAUCAGAUCAAGGGUCCCACUUCAGGGGAGAAGUGAAGAAAUUGUCUGACAAGAUGAAUAUUCAAAGGCAUGCAUCGUCACCAUACAAACCUCAAACUAACAGUGCAGUGGAUGUUGCCAAUAAGAACAUCAAAAGGAUAAUAAAAAAAAUGACUGACAAACACAAUGAUUGGGCAAAAAAUUUGCCGUAUGCACUUUGGGCAUAUAGAACAUUCAUCCCAACUUCAAUAGGGACAACACCCUACUCAUUUGUCUAUGGGAUGGAAGCAGUCCUUCUAGUUGAAUUAGAGAUACCCUCUCUUCGGCUCACGAUGGAUAGUGAUAUUCCAGAAACUGAAUGGAUCAAAACAAGAUUCCAGGAACUAAACCUCGUUGACAAGAAAAGGAUGCGCGCCAUCGACAACAUGAAGAAAUAG